CGCCCCGGGCCGGCUCCAUUUAAUGGCGCGGCGCUCGGGCCGCGGCGGGCUCUCGGGCGCGCCAGCGCAGCGGACGAGCGGGCCGGCAUGUCGGGGACCCGAGCCUCCAAUGACCGGCCCCCCGGCGCGGGCGGCGUCAAGCGCGGGCGGCUGCAGCAGGAGGCGGCGGCGACCGGCUCGCGCGUGACCGUGGUGCUGGGCGCGCAGUGGGGGGACGAGGGCAAAGGCAAGGUGGUGGACCUGCUGGCCACGGACGCCGACAUCGUCAGCCGCUGCCAGGGUGGCAACAAUGCUGGCCACACCGUGGUGGUGGACGGCAAGGAGUACGACUUCCACCUGCUGCCCAGCGGCAUCAUCAACACCAAGGCCGUGUCCUUCAUUGGAAACGGAGUGGUUAUCCACCUCCCGGGCUUGUUUGAGGAAGCCGAGAAGAACGAAAAGAAAGGUCUGAAGGACUGGGAGAAGAGGCUCGUCAUCUCCGACAGAGCCCACCUUGUGUUUGAUUUCCACCAGGCGGUGGACGGACUUCAGGAAGUGCAGCGGCAAGCUCAGGAGGGGAAAAAUAUCGGCACCACCAAGAAGGGAAUCGGACCAACCUAUUCUUCCAAAGCUGCCCGGACAGGCCUCCGCAUCUGCGACCUCCUGUCGGAUUUUGACGAGUUUUCCACCAGAUUCAAGAACCUGGCCCACCAGCACCAGUCGAUGUUCCCCACGCUAGAAAUAGACGUGGAAGGUCAACUGAAAAGGCUCAAGGGCUUUGCUGAACGGAUCCGACCCAUGGUCCGAGACGGUGUUUACUUUAUGUACGAGGCACUCCACGGCCCCCCCAAGAAGAUCCUCGUGGAAGGCGCCAACGCAGCCCUCCUGGACAUUGACUUCGGGACCUACCCCUUUGUGACUUCCUCCAACUGCACCGUGGGCGGCGUGUGCACGGGCCUGGGCAUACCUCCCCAGAACAUAGGCGACGUGUAUGGUGUGGUGAAGGCCUACACCACGCGCGUGGGCAUCGGGGCCUUCCCCACUGAACAGAUCAACGAGAUUGGAGACCUGCUACAGAACCGCGGCCAUGAGUGGGGGGUGACCACGGGCAGGAAGAGGCGCUGUGGCUGGUUAGACCUCAUGAUUCUGAGAUACGCUCACAUGGUCAACGGAUUCACCGCGCUGGCCUUGACCAAGCUGGACAUCUUGGAUGUCCUGGGCGAGAUCAAAGUCGGCGUCUCGUACAAGCUGAACGGGAAGAGGAUUCCCUACUUUCCAGCUAACCAAGAGAUUCUCCAGAAGGUUGAGGUGGAAUAUGAAACGCUGCCCGGCUGGAAGGCAGACACCACAGGCGCGAGGAAGUGGGAGGACCUGCCCCCCCAGGCCCAGAGCUACGUCCGGUUCGUGGAGAAUCACGUGGGAGUGGCAGUCAAAUGGGUCGGUGUCGGCAAGUCAAGAGAGUCGAUGAUCCAGCUGUUUUAGCACAGCUGGAGCUGGUCCCUACAGGCUGCAGCAGUGGCUAUGUCUGCGUCAGCGGCAGCAGUCACGUCCCCCAGCUGUCAUCACAACCAACACCGUAAAGAAAGAAAUAUGAAAACGACUUUCAGUACUCUUAUAUGUCUGUUUAAGCCUUCAGCUGAACCCACUGAUUUCUACAAUGACUUUAAACAUCUGGAGCCAGCAUUGUGACCAUUUUAAAAAAUUUUGCGACUUAAAAUGAGCCAGAGUGCUCAAAACAGAGCCCUGCUAUGACACGCUAAUUGUCUCAUGGUUGUGUGUACAGUUGGAGUCGUGCCCUAAUAAACACAUCCAACCCCACCGAGCGGCAGUGGCCAUGAGACGUGUGCUCUGACUUUGUCCUUGUUGCUUUAAACACACAAAGGUGACAGUUCCCGAGAGUCUGCAUGACGCAGCUUCCUAAGAGCCACCUGCAUUUUUGGUAUCUCGCAGCCAAGCCACCUGUUUGCUCAGAAAACAAAAUGGACCGAGCUCAUGCAAGAAAGACCAAGUGCAUUCAACAUGCUUUUCAGAAUGAAACAUGUAAACGAAUCACUGUGUAGACCUGUUACCAGGUAGGACAUGCCAGGGCUGAUCCAGGGUGGACUGUCCUUCCUGCCCUGGUGACAGAGCCCACUGGCAUCCCCCCUCAUUAAAGUUGGAAACACUUUGUCAUCA